AUGGCUUUACUUGAUCGACUUCCUACUAAGGAUAGACUUCUUCGUAUGGGGCUUAUCAAUGAAAGCCAAUGCAUGUUUUGUGAUGAUCCUUUGGAAACUAGGGAUCACUUAUUCCUUCAUUGUCCUAUUGCUGAUUACUUGUGGAAUUCAAUAUUCUCCCUUUCCGGUCUUCAUUUUAUAACUCGUUCUUGGGAAUCUUUUUUGGCGUGGGCUUGCUAUACUUGGAAAGGUAAAUCUUUGCUUAGUGUCAUUCUGAAGAUUGCUCUUAAUGCUCUGAUUUACAUUCUUUGGGAAGAAAGAAACAAGAAACUAUUUCAAGGUCGAUCCAGAAAUGCUCAAGAACUGUUUCGAAUCAUCAAAGACAUUGUUGGCUCUCAACUUAGGGGUAGAAACUUAAAUAGCAUUGAUAUUGUUAAUGCUAAUCUUUGUAAGCAUUGGGACAUUGGUUGA